ACCAAGAAGAAGAAGAAAAAGUCUCCUCGCUGCCUCCAGGAAAAAGAAAAAAAAGAUGGCAGCUGUUGACGUCGACGUGCCGGUGGAAACAGAACCUGUGAUCUGCAACCAAGAAGACCUGGAGAGUCAGGCAGAAGGAUUCAAAGAGCAAGGAAAUGUGUUCUAUAGUAAGAAAGAUUACACUGAGGCUUUCAACUAUUACACCAAGGCCAUCGAUGCCUGUCCUAAAAACGCCAGUUAUUAUGGAAACAGGGCAGCUACUCUCAUGAUGCUUUGCCGCUUUCGAGAGGCCCUGGAAGAUUCCCAGCAGGCUGUGCGGUUAGAUGACUGUUUCAUGAAGGGUCAUCUGCGUGAGGGCAAAUGCCACCUGUCUUUGGGAAAUGCCAUGGCUGCCGGUCGCUGUUUUCGGAAGGUUCUGGAGCUGGAGCCCAGUAAUAGAGAGGCAGAGCAGGAGACUAAGAAUGCAGCCACACUGCUGGAAUACGAGCAAAUGGCGGACUUUGGCUUUGAAAAGCGAGAUUUCAGAAAGGUUGUCUACUGUAUGGACCGGGCUCUAGGAUUGGCUUCUGCCUGCCACCGCUUCAAAAUCCUCAAGGCUGAGUGUCUGGCUCUGCUGGGGCGUUAUCCAGAAGCUCAGUCUGUAGCAAGUGAUAUUCUGCGGAUGGAUUCCACCAAUGCAGAUGCUCUAUAUGUCCGAGGACUGUGUCUGUACUAUGAAGACUGCAUUGAUAAAGCUGUGCAGUUCUUUGUCCAGGCUUUACGAAUGGCACCUGACCAUGAAAAGGCUCGACAAGCUUGCAGAAAUGCCAAGGCCUUAAAAGCCAAGAAAGAAGAGGGCAACAAGGCAUUUAAGAACAGCAACUAUGAAGCUGCCUAUCAUUUGUACACCGAGGCACUGAGGAUAGACCCCAACAACAUCAAGACGAAUGCCAAACUUUUCUGCAACAGAGCCACAGCAGGAGCAAAGCUGAAAAAGAUUAAUCAAGCUAUUGGCGACUGCACCAACGCAAUCAAGCUAGAUGAGACUUACAUUAAAGCCUACUUGAGACGAGCCCAGUGUUACAUGGACACAGAGCAGUUUGAAGAGGCCGUACGGGACUAUGAAAAGGUGUACCAGACAGAAAAGACUACAGAUCACAAACACCUGCUGAAGGCUGCACAGCUGGAGCUGAAAAAGAGCAAGAAAAAAGAUUACUACAAAGUGCUGGGAGUGGGGAAAAAUGCCACUGAUGACGAGAUUAAAAAAGCCUAUCGCAAACGGGCCCUUAUGCACCAUCCAGACCGUCACAGUGCAGCAGCUCCAGAGGUGCAGAAGGAGGAGGAAAAGAAAUUCAAAGAAGUUGGCGAGGCGUUCACUGUGCUCUCUGACCCAAAGAAGAAAGUUCGUUAUGACAACGGGCAUGACCUAGAUGAAGACGGAGGCUUUGGUGGUGGAGAUUUCGAUGCAAACAACAUCUUCAGGGCUUUUUUUGGUGGCCACAGUGGUGGAUUUACUUUUGACACUGGUUCAGAUGCUGGUCCUGGAAAUUUCUUCUUCCAGUUUGGCUAAAGCAAAGGCAUGUGCGGCCCAGUGCAACCCUGCAAUGGAUGAAACAAGUUGGAACCCCAGUUGCCACAUCCUGCUGCUGUGUCCAGCAAAAAACAAAAAAUCCCCCCAAUUCUUUUUAAAGAGGGUUUUAUUUUAUUCACUCCGCAAGUCUCUACAUCAGCAGUAACAGACACUGUUUAAAAACCAGUUCAGAGGUUAUAUUCAUGAUGUAAUAUUGUACAUAGAUUUUUUUUUUAACUUUUACUUUAAAGGGGUGACGCUUUGUCUUAAAAGCAUACCCCCUAUUGCCAAAAAAGAGCUGUGUAAUAACUGAAAAAUUGAAAUCUCUACCUAUAAACUGCCACUGUUAGUCCCUGUCCCCUUUUUUAAGGUAAUUGAUAGCAAGGAAAGUUUUGGAAAUACAAGCAUAUUUGACAAGAAAUGCACAGUGUUGUAACAUACUGGGACAGCAUGUCUGUAGACCACCAAUUAGUGGCUGUUAAAUAUCCAGACCGACGUCAGGACAGCUUGUUGAGGGCCGCAAGCUGUGUGUUUCUCCUGUGUUUGUCUAUAUUUUAUUGGUGCACUUGCCAAGUCUAGAACCAAUCUGCAGGGUUUUUGUUUUGUACAGUGCAUUGUACAUUUGACUUGAAUGUAGAGCAUCAUUAGUGUCUAUAAAGUCUCUUUUGGUCUAUUGUAUUUAUAUUUAUUGUACUGUAUAUUCUUAACAGUAUGCAACCAAAUGCCCAUGUAUAAAUAUUUUCCCUACUGCUG